AGAGCCCAGAGUCCACAAAGGCCAGAGAGCUCUUCCUCAGACAGAACAAAGGAGGAAGAGGAGGAUGGCAGGGUCAUGUUCCAGCCUGUGGGUGAAGCUGCUGCUGGCAGUGGUGCUGAGUGCCAGCCUCCCUGGAAAUAUGGCCAACCGCUGCAAGAAGGCUCAGGUGAAGAGCUGUACCGAGUGCAUCCGAGUGGACAAGAGCUGUGCCUACUGCACAGAUGAGCUGUUCAAGGAGAGGCGCUGCAACACCCAGGCGGAGCUUCUGGCUGCAGGCUGCCGGGGAGAGAGCAUACUGGUCAUGGAGAGCAGCCUUGAAAUCACAGAGAACACCCAGAUUGACACCAGCCUGCACCGUAGCCAGGUAUCUCCCCAAGGCCUGCAAGUCCGGCUGCGACCGGGUGAGGAGCGCAACUUUGUGUUCAAGGUGUUUGAGCCCCUGGAGAGCCCCGUGGAUCUAUAUAUCCUCAUGGACUUCUCCAACUCCAUGUCUGAUGAUCUGGACAACCUCAAGCAGAUGGGGCAGAACCUGGCUAAGAUCCUGCGCCAGCUCACCAGUGACUACACUAUUGGAUUUGGAAAGUUUGUGGACAAAGUCAGUGUCCCUCAGACAGACAUGAGGCCCGAGAAGCUGAAGGAACCCUGGCCCAACAGUGACCCCCCAUUCUCCUUCAAGAAUGUUAUCAGCUUAACAGAAAAUGUGGAAGAAUUCUGGGACAAACUGCAAGGAGAACGCAUCUCAGGCAACCUGGACGCUCCUGAAGGAGGCUUCGAUGCCAUCCUGCAGACAGCCGUGUGCACAAGGAACAUCGGCUGGAGGGCUGACAGCACCCACCUGCUGGUGUUCUCCACCGAGUCUGCCUUCCACUAUGAGGCUGAUGGUGCCAACGUGCUGGCCGGCAUCAUGAACCGUAAUGAUGAGAAAUGCCACCUGGAUGACACAGGCACCUACACCCAAUACAAGACGCAGGACUACCCAUCUGUGCCCACACUGGUUCGCCUACUUGCCAAACACAACAUCAUCCCCAUCUUCGCGGUCACCAACUACUCUUACAGCUACUAUGAGAAGCUCCAUAAAUAUUUCCCCGUCUCUUCUCUGGGAGUCCUGCAGGAGGAUUCAUCCAACAUCGUGGAGCUGCUGGAGGAGGCCUUCUAUCGAAUUCGCUCCAACCUGGACAUCCGGGCUCUGGACAGCCCAAGAGGCCUGAGGACAGAGGUCACCUCCGAUACUCUCCAGAAGACAGAGACUGGGUCCUUUCACAUCAAGCGGGGGGAAGUGGGCACAUACAAUGUGCAGCUUCGGGCAGUGGAGGACAUAGACGGGACACAUGUGUGCCAGCUACCCAAAGAAGACCAAGGGGGCAACAUCCACCUGAAACCCUCCUUCUCCGACGGCCUCCGGAUGGAUGUGAGCGUGAUCUGUGACGUGUGCGCCUGCGAGCUGCAAAAGGAAGUUCGGUCAGCUCGCUGUCACUUCAGAGGAGACUUCAUGUGUGGACACUGUGUAUGCAACGAGGGCUGGAGUGGCAAAACCUGCAACUGCUCCACGGGCUCUCUGAGUGACACACAGCCCUGCCUGCGUGAGGGUGAGGACAAACCGUGCUCGGGCCACGGCGAGUGCCAGUGCGGACGUUGUGUGUGCUACGGCGAAGGCCGCUACGAGGGUCACUUCUGCGAAUAUGACAACUUCCAGUGUCCCCGCACCUCUGGAUUCCUGUGCAAUGACCGGGGACGCUGCUCCAUGGGAGAGUGUGUGUGUGAGCCUGGUUGGACAGGCCGAAGCUGUGACUGUCCCCUCAGCAAUGCCACCUGUAUCGAUAGCAAUGGGGGCAUCUGCAAUGGACGAGGCUACUGUGAGUGUGGCCGUUGUCACUGCAACCAGCAGUCGCUCUACACGGACACCACCUGUGAGAUCAACUACUCUGCGAUACGCCUGGGCCUCUGUGAGGACCUCCGCUCCUGUGUACAGUGCCAGGCCUGGGGCACCGGGGAGAAGAAAGGGCGCACGUGUAAGGAGUGCAGCUUUAAGGUCAAGAUGGUAGACGAGCUUAAGAAAGCGGAAGAGGUGGUGGAGUACUGCUCCUUCCGGGACGAGGAUGACGACUGCACUUACAGCUACACCGUGGAGGGCGACGGCAGCCCUGGGCCCAACAGCACGGUCCUGGUCCACAGGAAGAAAGACUGCCCUCCCGGCUCCUUCUGGUGGCUCAUCCCCCUGCUCAUCUUCCUCCUGUUGCUCCUGGCUUUGCUUCUGCUGCUCUGCUGGAAAUACUGUGCCUGCUGCAAAGCCUGCCUGGGGCUUCUUCCUUGCUGCAACCGAGGUCACAUGGUGGGCUUUAAGGAAGAUCACUAUAUGCUUCGGGAGAACCUGAUGGCCUCCGACCACCUGGACACGCCCAUGCUACGCAGCGGGAACCUCAAGGGACGAGACACGGUCCGCUGGAAGAUUACCAACAAUGUGCAGCGGCCUGGCUUUGCCACUCAUGCAGCCAGCACCAGCCCCACGGAGCUCGUACCCUACGGGCUGUCCCUGCGCCUUGGCCGCCUCUGCACUGAGAACCUCAUGAAGCCCGGCACCAGAGAGUGUGACCAGCUACGUCAGGAGGUGGAAGAAAAUCUGAAUGAGGUGUACAGACAGGUCAGCGGUGCGCACAAGCUCCAGCAGACGAAGUUCAGACAGCAGCCCAAUGCCGGGAAAAAGCAAGACCACACCAUUGUGGAUACAGUGUUGCUGGCGCCCCGCUCUGCCAAGCAGACGCUACUGAAGCUGACAGAGAAGCAGGUGGAGCAGGGGUCCUUCCAUGAACUCAAGGUGGCCCCUGGCUACUAUACCCUCAUAGCAGAGCAGGACGCCCGGGGCAUGGUGGAGUUCCAGGAGGGUGUGGAGCUGGUGGAUGUGCGUGUGCCCCUCUUCAUCCGGCCUGAGGAUGAUGAUGAGAAGCAGCUGCUGGUGGAGGCCAUCGAUGUCCCUGUGGGCACUGCCACCCUUGGUCGCCGUCUGGUAAACAUCACCAUUAUCAAGGAACAAGCCAGCGGGGUAGUGUCCUUUGAGCAGCCUGAAUACUCAGUGAGUCGUGGAGACCAGGUGGCCCGCAUCCCUGUCAUCCGGCACAUCCUGGAUAAUGGCAAGUCCCAGGUCUCCUACAGCACACAGGAUAAUACAGCACACGGACACCGGGAUUAUGUCCCUGCGGAGGGUGAGCUGCUCUUCCACCCUGGAGAGACCUGGAAGGAGUUGCAGGUCAAGCUCCUGGAGCUGCAGGAGGUCGACUCCCUCCUGCGUGGCCGCCAGGUCCGCCGCUUCCAAGUCCAGCUCAGCAACCCCAAGUUCGGAGCCCGCCUGGGCCAGCCCAGCACAGCCACGGUUAUCAUCGGGGAACACCACGAUGAAACGGACAGGAGUCUCAUAAGUCAGACAAUUUCCUCGCCGCUGCCACCCCACGGAGACUUGGGUGCCCCACAGAACCCUAACGCCAAAGCUGCCGGCUCCAGGAAGAUCCAUUUCAACUGGCUGCCCCCUCCUGGCAAGCCAACGGGGUAUAGGGUGAAGUACUGGAUCCAAGGCGACUCUGAGUCUGAAGCCCACCUGCUGGACAGCAAGGUGCCCUCAGUGGAACUCACCAACCUGUAUCCCUAUUGCGACUACGAAAUGAAGGUGUGUGCCUACGGGGCACAGGGUGAGGGGCCCUAUAGCUCACUGGUGUCCUGCCGCACCCACCAGGAAGUACCCAGCGAGCCAGGGAGGCUGGCUUUCAACGUAGUCUCUUCUACGGUGACCCAGCUGAGCUGGGCAGAACCAGCCGAGACCAAUGGCGAGAUCACAGCCUAUGAGGUCUGCUACGGACUGGUCAAUGAGGACAACCGACCCAUUGGACCUAUGAAGAAGGUGCUCGUGGACAACCCCAAGAACCGCAUGCUUCUCAUUGAGAAUCUGCGAGAAUCCCAGCCAUACCGUUACACGGUGAAGGCACGAAAUGGGGCAGGAUGGGGACCCGAGAGAGAGGCCAUCAUCAACCUGGCCACACAGCCCAAGCGGCCCAUGUCCAUCCCCAUCAUCCCAGACAUCCCCAUAGUGGACGCCCAGGGUGGAGAAGACUACGAAAACUUCCUCAUGUACAGUGAUGACGUUCUGCGCUCCCCAGCCAGCAGCCAGAGGCCCAGCGUUUCUGAUGACACUGGCAGCGGCUGGAAGUUCGAGCCCCUGCUCGGGGAGGAGCUGGACCUGCGGCGCGUCACGUGGCGGCUACCCCCGGAACUCAUCCCGCGCCUGUCCGCCAGCAGUGGGCGCUCCGACGAAGACAGCAGUGUUGCGGGGGGCGUGGAAGGGGAGGGCAGCGGCUGGAUCCGCGGGGCUACGCCUCGGCUCCCGGGAGAGCACCUGGUGAAUGGCCGGAUGGACUUUGCCUAUCCAGGCAGUGCCAACUCACUGCACAGAAUGACUGCAACCAAUGCGGCCUAUGGCACGCAUCUGAGCCCGCACCUGUCCCACCGCGUGCUGAGCACGUCUUCCACCCUGACCCGGGACUACCACUCUCUGACGCGCACAGACCACUCUCGCUCAGGCACACUUCCCCGGGACUAUUCCACCCUCACUUCCCUUUCCUCCCAAGAUUCCCGUGGGGCUGUGGGUGUGCCUGACACACCCACUCGACUGGUGUUCUCCGCUCUGGGGCCCACGUCCUUGAAGGUGAGCUGGCAGGAGCCACAGUGUGAUCGGGCGCUGCUGGGCUACAGUGUGGAAUACCAGCUACUAAACGGCGGCGAGAUGCAUCGGCUCAACAUCCCUAACCCUGGCCAAACCUCGGUGGUGGUAGAGGAUCUCCUGCCUAACCACUCCUAUGUGUUCCGGGUGCGGGCCCAGAGCCAGGAGGGCUGGGGCCGAGAGCGAGAGGGUGUCAUCACCAUCGAGUCCCAGGUGCACCCGCAAAGCCCUCUCUGCCCCCUGCCAGGCUCAGCCUUCACCCUGAGCACCCCCAGUGCUCCAGGCCCACUGGUGUUCACUGCCCUAAGCCCGGACUCUCUGCAGCUGAGCUGGGAGCGACCAAGGAGGCCUAAUGGAGAUAUCCUUGGCUACCUGGUGACCUGUGAGAUGGCCCAAGGAGGAGGACCAGCCAGGACCUUCCGGGUGGAUGGAGACAGCCUGGAGAGCCGACUGACCGUCCCUGGCCUCAGUGAGAACGUUCCUUACAAGUUCAAGGUGCAGGCCAGGACAACCGAGGGCUUCGGGCCAGAGCGUGAGGGCAUCAUCACCAUUGAGUCUCAGGAUGGAGGCCCCUUCCCACAGCUGGGCAGCCAUUCUGGACUUUUCCAGAACCCAGUGCAAAGCGAGUACAGCAGCGUGACCAGCAGUCACAGCACCACGACUGAACCCUUCCUCGUGGAUGGACUAACCCUGGGGACCCAGCGCCUGGAAGCAGCGGGCUCCCUCACCCGGCAUGUGACCCAGGAAUUUGUGAGCCGGACCCUGACAACCAGUGGCACUCUCAGCACUCAUAUGGACCAACAGUUCUUCCAAACCUGAAACCCCCAAUAACCUGGGCCCCUCCUUGCCUCCCCCCCAGCGCCUUCUUCCUCUGCUGUUCUACCCAUCUGCAUGCUGAUCACAGAGCCAGCCCUUGUAGUCAGAGAGCAGGGGUAGGUGCUGUCCAGGAAGCGGGAAGUAGGUAGAUGUGACAUAAGGUCUUUCUGACUUCUUCCUGCCCUGGGUCCAAAUCCACAUGUAACCAAAAAACUGGAGCCGGCACAAGGCACAAGGCCCCAGCCUUUGUUCUGCACUUAAUAAAAGAUUUUGCUACUGCGUA